AUGAAACAAGAUUUCGACUGCUUCAUGAAAAUCCUAAAAGAGAUAGAAAGUGAAAUUAUUGAUAAAGGAUGUAAACAGUAUCUUAAAUCGUUACAAAAUAUUAGUCAGAUACGAUUUAUUAGGAACGAAUUGCUAUCAUUAAAAGAUAUGGGGUUCUUACGAGGAAAAUUCGAAGAAAGAGUAAACUGGAAAGCUUUAGCUUUAAAUAGUAUAGAACUUUUGAAAGAUAAAAUCAAGAAGAAAGGCGCACCACCGCAUGAGCACAUUUUUACAAAAAUAAGCAAUAUAGAUGUUGAUGCAUUAUCAAAUGACGACUCGUUAUGUAUUGGAGGAGAGAAGGCUAAUAUAAGAAAUUUGAGCAGAGAUAUCGUAGUGAAGAAUAUAUGCAAUGAUUUUAUAUCAAAGAGGAACGACGUUCAAAAAUUGCGGAAAUUUGUACUACCUUCGAGGGACGUGGUGACACAUGAUCAAUGGGUUGAAGACGAUCACAUUAAGGAACGCAUAGCAAGUGGAAUUACCGAUGUUCUUUUGCAAGAAAUUAAGCUGAAUGCGCUCCGAAGAGUUUCCAGGGGUUCGGAAAACACACUAGUGGAGAUUAUCGCUCGUAUGAUAGAUAUGACUAUGCAUCAUUUACCUGUGGAUUAUGAAGUCGAAGUUACCAGGGCCGAAUGUCAAAGUACAGCCAGUAAAAAUCGCAAAACUCAGCAAAAAAAUGGAUCGAGGGGGGAUAAACCCGAUCUCAUGUUCCGUGCUCACCUUCGUCAAAAAUGGGAAGAAAUUGUGUUUUUCGAGAGUGGAAAGUGGGAUGCUAAUGAAGAUAAGAUUCGCCACGACCAUAAUAAAUUAGUGCAACUCUGUUUGGAUGGGUCUAAAGAGCUUGUGAGGAGAUGCACAAAAGAAAUCUUUUUCCAGAGUUAUAUAGGAUUUGGUGUUAAUAUUGCAGCGAAAAUACCUUUGGGUAAAGAAUCAGUUGAGGAAGUAGAAGAGUUUGUUCAUGCCCUAUUGACUUUGCGAAAUGGGGUUAUUGUAAAUUUACAGAGUAUUGUGAACAGUUUUCAAAAAAGAUCGAGAAAAACGAGUGAUAUAAGCCCUCCUCCACGUGAAGUUGGUAGAUUAAUCAAGAAAAAGAGCGCAAAUUUCUAG